AUUCCCCUGCAUGCCGACUAGACAGAGAGACGGUUUUUGCCUUCUUUACACUGAAAACCAUUCUGUGCCGCGCACAUCUGGCCCUUUCGCGGAGACUUCAACACUGCAAAGGCGCUAGACUUCUACCUUGGAGGAAACUGUCGGUUGUUGAGGUUGUUGAUAUUCAACAGAAGUCACAGUUGCGGCAGGAGCAGAACCUCAGACACAGCCGGAAAAGAAAAUGCCAAAGGAGGACUCUAGAGCGUAUUCUGGGACGAGGCUUUCAGAAUAAAGAAGUGUUGCUGACACAAACCACCAAGCUGCCCACUGACCAGUAGAUCUAAGAGAACGUGUCUACCAAGUGCUACAGACAGGAGGAUGGCGCUGUGGCUUCCAGGAGGGCAGCUCACCCUGCUGCUACUGCUCUGGGUCCAGCAGACACCCGCGGGGAGCACUGAGGCUCCUCUUAAGGUCGACGUGGACUUGACACCUGAUUCCUUUGAUGAUCAAUACCAAGGCUGUAGCGAACAGAUGGUGGAGGAGCUAAAUCAAGGAGACUAUUUCAUAAAGGAAGUAGAUACUCAUAAGUAUUACUCCAGAGCAUGGCAAAAAGCCCACCUAACCUGGCUGAACCAGGCAAAGGCCCUCCCGGAGAGCAUGACCCCGGUGCAUGCUGUGGCCAUUGUGGUUUUCACCCUGAAUCUCAAUGUGAGCUCUGACUUGGCCAAGGCCAUGGCCAGGGCUGCGGGAUCUCCUGGGCAGUACAGUCAGUCAUUCCACUUCAAGUAUCUGCACUACUACCUCACCUCAGCCAUCCAGCUGCUGAGGAAAGACAGCUCUACAAAGAACGGCAGUCUGUGUUACAAGGUGUACCACGGGAUGAAGGAUGUGAGCAUUGGAGCCAACGUAGGUUCCACCAUUCGAUUCGGCCAGUUCCUCUCUGCCUCCCUGCUAAAGGAAGAGACACGGGUGUCUGGAAACCAAACCCUGUUUACCAUUUUCACUUGUCUGGGUGCCUCUGUGCAAGACUUCUCUCUCAGGAAGGAAGUCUUGAUCCCCCCCUAUGAGUUAUUUGAAGUCGUAAGUAAGAGCGGCAGCCCCAAAGGAGAUUUGAUAAACUUGCGGUCUGCUGGGAACAUGAGCACGUAUAACUGCCAGCUGCUAAAAGCUUGCAGCAAGAAGUGCGCCCCUGCUCCAGUGGUUAUCGGCUGCCUCUUUUUGGUCACUGUUGUUAUCUCGUCCAAAAGCAGAGCGCAAAGGAAUCUACUGGCUCCUUUUUAAAGGAGCUGCUUAAAUUUGAUGCUCCUAUUUGUGUUACCAAAGUCUGAGGCCCACACUUCCCACAAUACCACAGAAGAUGUGCAAGAAAAGUUCAUGGGGGGGGAGAGGGGGCGGGGACAACCCUAAGUUCAAAUCUAGGCCUAAAUAAGGCAGAAGACUGUCAGAAAUCCCUGCCUAAAAGGAUUUAGGCUACUUUUUCCUGUUGCUGUCAGCAAAACCAAUCACAGAAGCUCAAACAAAGUUCAGGAUGAAAGCUUUGCUUCCACUUAUAAACUUACAGAACAUCGUAGACCAGAAGUGUUUGGUCCCAGCAGCACCAGGCACUACAGAAGCAGAUACCAGGCAGACUAUCAAAUCUCAAGGCCUGCCCCUUGUGACUCACUUCCUCCAGCAAGGCUCCACCUCCGGAAGACUCUACAGCCACGAAAAAUAACACCACCAGAAGGAGACAAAGAUCUCAACACAUGAGGCACAUUUAACCUUCAAACCACAGCAAGGUCUUAGUGUUCAGCGCUCUCUUCCAGGAGAGGAGAUGGGAGUCCUGACAGACAAGGGCAGAACAUCCCUGCUCUGUGAAGGUUUUUCCUACCCAGACCCGUCUUUGCUCUGCCCUCCUCAGGAACCUCACAAAGGACCACUCUCCUGCAGCCAGCCAACCAGAACUGAAAAGGGCCUUCAGCACACUGCUACUGAAAGCCAUGCAUGGCGUCUUCCUUGCCUGUCCAUUUGCCCUUCCCAGUCUCAGGGCCUUGGUCUUAUUCAGUGAAGACACCCAAGGAUACCACUUGCCCAUUACUUGGCCAGAGAUCCAUGACAAAAUGACAAUCUUGUGGCAGCAUAUGAGACAGAAUUAGGAUACGUUUUCUAGAUUAGUUUUGGGAGCGCAGCAUUCAGAAUCUAUUGUGAGUGAUUAUAAAAGCUGAGCACAUGGCACGCUGCGUUGCCUGUAGCUGCCUCGCCACCAAGAGAUAAGAAUUUGCCUCCCUAAGAAACUAAUUCAGUGGAGGCAGUGCUAAGAAACAGAGAGAAGAUAGGCAAGAUGAGCCUCUAGCGCCAAACUGGGCCUGAACCAGAUAGUCAGCUUCAUCAUUUUCAUGGAUUAAUAAAUGAUAUCUGUGCUAACG